AUGGGUAUAAUCGAUAUUAGAGCGAGAAAAGUCGAUCGAUUUUUACUCACUGAAGAAGUCGAAUAUGAUGAAGAUGCUGAUCAAGAAUUCGUAGACGAUGUGUGGCCUCUACGAACUCCAAAGAAACGAAAUGUAACGUGUUCACGUUUAAACAUGUCAAGUCUCACCCCUCUCCCUUCGACAAUUACACCUAAUGAAAAUCAAAUCAACGAAACCAUAAUUUCAAACAAAAAAAUACAA